AUGGCCGAAAUUCUCUCCGUUCACCCCGUCAAGUGGGAGGGGAUGAAAAACCACUGGUGGCAGUUUUUCAUGAUUGGAGUAUUGUUGGCGUGCAUUACUAUUGGAGUGGCAAACAUUCUAUGGUCUAUCACCGUGAGAAUCAUUAGAUACUAUAAGUCACGACCAUUACCAGACAAAGUUCCUUCGACUGUCUCCCAGCGUCUUCAAAGACUGGCGAACCGAGAACUCAAUUUGGUUCAUACUUCGACACAUUCGCAAAAGCCCGCUUCAUUUGGAGUAUACCUGGGAAGCUUCAAUCAGCGACCAACUGUAUCCCAAGAAAGGUUGCUGGCCCAGUGGGAUUUGUUGAUUGUGGAUCCAUUCCAGGAUGGCGUUGCGGAAGCAAUUCUCAAGUGCAAUCGCAGCCAAGUCCUGGGUAGGCUUGAUCUCGCACAGAUCCAUUCUUCAAAGGAAUCAGUCUUGAGCGCAAUUGAAAAGAUCGAAGGCAUUCUCGCCAACAAUUUCAAUGAUGGCGCAUUUUCUGGAAUCUUGUUCGCGAACUGGGAGCCCGUUUUUACCCCAUCGGUCCAAGCAAAGCUCUUCGAGACGAUCAGUGCACUUGGGCUGGCCGUUUAUGUCGAAGUGCAACCACCCAAUUUCUUGAAAAACCGAAAGGCCUUGCAAAAUGGAGCUAUUUCUGGACUCGUCGUCCGCAAUGCUAGCAUCAUGCCAAACGGUGAAAAGCGCGACUACUUCCAGAUGGAAUCUCUGCAAUCGACAAUCAAGGCAUUCGUCUCCGAGGCAUGCAUGAGAGACUUUGUGGUACUGGCCUGGGAGACUGUUAACAACGAUGUUGCUUUGUCAAACGCCAUCGUCCGGAGAUCCAUUCAAUGGUGCAGCUUCUACAGUGCCAUUUCUUGGAUUGGCCCCGAGGCUUCUCUCAAGGAUUCUGAUCUGAACACCCCCAUUACAGAGCCUCUUCCGGCUUUCGGCUGGCUGAAGGAAGCCGAGAUCAUGAAGACUCACGAUACAUGGCGCUCCAAUCGUGAAAUCUCAACAUCUUCCGGCGUCCAAACUGGCUGGGAUUCCCUUCGAUCAAUUUUCCCGGCUAUCGACAACUUGCUUGAUUCAGAGGAGAGUGAGACCAAGUCGCCAGAAAGCCCCGUCCUUCGCCUCCGAGAUCCUCCAGAAUGGGUUGCACAGGUCAAGUCACAGGGUAGCCCCUUGUCUGUCUCCAUGUCAGGGCAAGAGUAUACCAACAUGGGAUGCUUCCCUCUUGGAUCAGACCCCACGCCAAUGGCUUUCGCGGAGAUUCUUCAAUCUCAGCAACGUCUUAAAUCCCUGGAACUUCUACACCCUGUGCCUGCAACCAAAGUUCAAAGCAUUGGUCUUCUUCUCCGCAAUUUUCACGAAAACCUGGGUCUAGCGAGCGACGAUACGCACCUGUUAUCUACAAUCCUACACCUGUCCGAUCUAGCUUCUGAUGGUUCAUUGAAAAUCAACCUUGCUCUAGACUCUGGUCUCAGAAAGACCUCGGAUUCCCGCUUCUGGGCUGUCUACGAGCAAGAAGACGAGAAGUUCGAGAUCUUUGUUUCCAAAAAUGCCCAGGGUCUGGCAGGGACCGUCUUACACACGUUCCUUUCUGCAAAGGGAUUCUCCCGACAUGUCUGCUGUGAAAUGGAAGUAGCGCUGGCAAGCUGGUCUGAGGAUUUGGCUCCAAACACCGAACUUCCCCGCCGAUUCGUUCAGGAUAUUGACGCUCUCAGCCCUGAGGAGCGACUGCUGCUUCUGCAGCAUCUGUCACUCACCGAUUCUCACAGCGAGUUGUCGGAAAAUAUCUGCGCUUAUAUUCGCCAGCAGCUUGUGGACGCACCCUCAUUUGCUCAAUUGAAAGAACUCAACACUGUCGGGUAUCUCGAAGGCUCCACAAGUCCCGAAGAACUGAUCCGAUCGCGACUCAGUUGGUACGGGGAGCAGGGUUGUUCUUAUCCUUCGCUCUCGGCGUCUCUUGAUUUAUUCCACCAGGUCGAUCAGGUGUUUACGCGAGUACUGAAGCAGCACCUUGAAGAAGAUCUGGCAAUUAUCACUGCUGGUCUUUGUGAUCUGGUGAAAGAAGGUCAAGUCGAUGCCUAUGCAGAUAUGCUGGCCCUCUCGCUUUUCUGCGCUGCGAGGAAAGAUGCCUUCGAUGAAAUCUAUGCCGAGGUCACCGACAGGAAUCCCUUGUUCAACCAGCACUCCGACCAAGCCGCCGCAUUCGCAGAGUCCUUCGCUUUGGGCUCACGGUGUGAGGCAUACUUUGGUGUCAACCCCAGCGUGUUUGGAAAACUUCUAUCUGAUCGGUUCCGAGCCUAUUACUCCAAGAAUCAACCUCCAAACUGGAUUAAUGGCGCUCCACAAUUGGCCACCGCCUAUGCUGGUGCUCAGAUAGAUGUGAAUCCUGACGACAAGGCUAAGGCCAUGCGGCCAUAUCAGCGAUUUACGUUCUUGAGCGUCUUCGCUAUUCCAGCCCUGAUUGAUAUUAUUCUUCUCACCAUCAUCGGACGAGGACUGUAUCUUUCUGCCUACAUGACGCAUCAAGAGCAAGAUAGUGCGACAAUGGCUUUGAUGAUUUCUUUGCUGCUUUCUGGUGCUAUCGGCACAUGGAUCGCAUGCGGUGGACCAUACUACCUCAUCUCCAUGGCUUUUGCUGCAGCCAACAUGUUCGUCUUGAUUCGUCUGCUUGCAGGCAUUGCGUUCACAGUCGCCGGAGGCUUGAUUGGUUUUAUCGCUAUCUCCAGUGUCAGAGGCCCUCGAGCGGGUAUUAUUUUCUAUCUUUACCUCAUUGCCCUGACUAUCUACUUUUCUACCUUUGCUUCCCUCGCAAGCUUCAGCUACCCCGGUUCCACAUUCCUGUCGGGCCGCAAGGCGAUUAUUCUCUGCAUUCCGAUUCUCUCUUUGUCGCCUAUCAUCACUACUUUCGCUGGAAAUGAUUCGGCCAUUUACUUGGCUGUCAUCUAUCUCUUCAUCGGUGUUUUGCUCCUCAGCCUGCGGUCUACGACUGCCAAGUGGGUGACAUGGUAUCAGUCUAUUCGACGCACCGAUGAUACCGAGAUCCGCAAGUGGUACAUUUCCGUCCAUGGAAACGACAAUGAGAAAGUCUUCGGCACAAUGAGUGAUCCUGCUGCUCUCAAGCUGGCACGGGAGGCUCUUUUGAGCGAUAUCAUGGCUGAAAAGUCUCGUGGAAUUUUCUCUAGGGCAACCACCGAUCAGAUGGUCAAGGAACUCGCUCGAGACUGGGAUUCUACCAACUUCCUUUUGGACUGGUACUGUCGCUAUGCAGAUGUCCCACGACCAAUUCCGUUCAGCUCUGGCUGGAACAUCCAGACCAAGGUCGCGCUUGAUGUUUUGCGCAGCUCGCAAAAAGGCCUCCGUCUACACAAUGCUUUCGUUCAUUGGCGUGAAUCAAGCAAGGAGAUUGGUUGUGGUAUCUUGUACUUUAUCAUUGCCCUGCUCGACAAAUGGGUGCAACUGCUGAGUGGUGACCGUCUCCUUGGACUUACAUCUUCUUUGACUGAUGCGAACCGCAUGGCUGUCGGUUUUGCACUCGCUUAUUAUCUUAUUGGCGCCGUACUUAUCGACACCAAGGCCCAGGAGCUCCACGAUGCGAUCGGUGAUAAUACUCCAGCCGCUGUUAAGUCGGCCAAGGACAUUCGUCUUUCGCAGAAGAAGAACAUUCAAUUCCGUCGAAAGGUCUAUUGGCGAACCCUGUUCCGGUUUUUGCUGUGGCAUGUCUGGAGUCUUGCCCUCUCGACCGCUCUCAUCUGGACAUUCCAGUCAUCGAUUGAAGCUAUGAUCGUCUUCUUCUCUUACGUGCUUGCCUACAGCGGUCUCAUCUGGUACCAAUACACCAAGAUCUUCACGGGGCCUCAUGCCUUGAAGCCUCUCUUGAUUGGUAUCCUUGUCGGUCUGCCCAUUGGAAUCGCCCUCAAGGUCAGCUUCCCUAGCUUCCUGUACUCUCAGACGAUUGGUCUUGGAGUGGCCACUUGGAUCGUUGCCAUUCUGUCCCUUUUCAAUGCGAAAAUGGGCAUGCCUCACAAGGUCGAUUCUCCCGUUGAAUUGGGAAGAACUUUCCAUGCCUUCACUACGCCGUGGUCAGACCCCGAAUGGUCUCAGCAAGAACUUCAGAGCUACUUUGAGAACAUCUCGCUCCUCCCAGCCGAUUCCCGCUUCAAGCUUGACCCCGCCGUCCACCCAGGCAUUGAGAUCAAGAACGUCAUGCUUUCUCGCCGGCAAGAACUUCGAAUCGAAGAGGCCUUCCCCAACUCCAAGGAGAUCAUUGAUCAAGCUCUUGCAUCUUGGGAGAAUGGUGAUAUCUGUCUCGAGCUUGUGCCACACGGCUCGAUGGGACCCGGUAUUCGCGCUUUGAGCUGCACCACGGGCAAUCAGCUGAAGGUGGCGAUUAGUGUGAGAGGCUUGCACGAUGAGCGACUUGACAUCAGUGCCAAUUGUCAGAUCAUUGCGGAGACUCUGGUCCACUCUGUCGCUGAGAUGGUCAUGGGUGUUCCUCACGAGUAUGCGGCUCUGGCUGAAGCGAUUGUCUCAGGUGGAGUUACUCACACCAUGGCCCGGCUACUGCGCGAGGAGGCCAACACUUCUCUGGUUGUGCAGUGGGCCAAGAAAGAACUUCUCCGUCAAUUGUGCCUCGGGUUCGAAGCAGACAUUCACUGGGACAAGCUGCCUGCGGAAGUACGCAAUGUCCUUCUGAGCCGCUGCGUCGGACAGCCGUGUAGCCUCUCGGACAGCCAACGCCAAUGGCUUCAACAAAGCCUUUGCCAGUUUGACACCAAAGAUCUUGACACUCACGUUGCGAGAUGCAAUCUUGGAGCAGCUAUGGCUAUCAGUAUCCUUGACUAUUCUCAUUAUGGAACAGGCGAGGCCGCUAUUCCCAAGGAGCCCGAGACUGCCGAAUUCAUCUCCUACGUCCCUCGAAAAUUGCCUUUGCCCUUGACUUUGUUGAGAUCUCCCUUUAGCUACGUCUAUCACAAGCUGGGAUCCAUUGUCAAGUUCAUCUUCAUUGCUCUUGUCGCUGAUCCUGAAUUCCAAAGAGAGUUCGAUCACGUCUCCAAGACACUGCCGACGGUGGUUCGCGUUCCAAGUGUGUUCCUACUCAACAUGGUCUGGAUCUACGCCAAGAUUGUACAAGACGUGGGACUGUCUUUCUUCCUCUUCCAUGGCCGCAAGAACGUCAAGCGACUUUGGGAGGAGACCAAGGGAAUGACCAUUCACAUCAAGAAGAGCCGAGUCAUCAUUCAAGGACUCGACGGAACGUUCACGGCUUUCAGGCACCAGGAAACAGAUGGAGGCUUUAAGGUCUACCAGUACUCCGGCGAGCACAAGACCGAGCCCAAGGACAAGGAAGCCAGGACCCUCAAAUAUGUCAGCAGCUAUUCAAGCGAGAUGCUGCUUCUCAUCAAACAAGAGUUUAGGGACGGCAAACUGGUCAAUGAAUACCACUAUGACUAUCAAGCACCGGUGAAGAAGGGUCUCAAGCUGAGCAAGUCAUCGCAUCCACGCAUGCCACUCGGACGACGCUGCGUCCAGGGCGAGAACCACCUUCAAAGCAUUCAGUACAACUCCAAGGGUCUUGUCGACAAGGGUUCGUACAUGAAGGAUGGUAACCUUAUCCGCUUCCAGUAUCACUAUCGCAAGAACCCACGCUUUGGAGAUGAACUGCUUCGCGCUGAGUUCUCGUUGUCCCACAUCACUUGUAAUGUCUCCUGGUGUGCACCUCCCCGCCGUCAUCGUGACAAGGAACAUCGUUGGAUCCCGCAUACCAAGGUCACCGAGGCUACCUUUGUCCAACAGGCAAAUGGUGAUGUGUACGAGAGUCGCUGGCUCUAUGACCACAAAUUCCACCCGACCAUCUUCACCACCAUCAACGGAAUGAAGGUCCAAACGCCACCUAUGAUCGAACACGAUUACCUGGGAGUUCUUGCUAAGCCGAACUAUACCAGCUUCGUGCACGACAAUCCCUUCUUCUACGUCGACAGCCUUCGUUCGAAUUUUGUCACUCGUCUGCUCGGACUGAACAAGAAGCGCUUCGCCGUGUCGACGUCUCGUUCUCGCUCUUUGAUGUGGAAGGCUUGGAAAGAUCGAAAUGAUCUCGACGGCAUCAUUGUUCGCUGGAUGGAUGACCGCAUCCUCCGCAAGGACGAGGUUCUUUCUCCUUACUGGCGCAGUCGUGAUUGGGGAAAUCUCAGAGCCGCAAGAAAGUACAUGGAGCUUCGUGCCGAUGCAGUCAUGGCCAGCGCAGACUUGGACAACAACAUCUCCAGCUGGACACCCCUCGCCGUCAAGAUCAGUGAUUUCUUCAACUUCGGUCCCGGAGGUGAUGCAGUCGUCACUACACGUUCCAAGGAAGUCAGCUCCGAUACUGAUAAGAACCUCCACGUCAUGGCUGCAGAUAACGGUACCUGGCCCAAUGAGGGUGGUGGUGUCUCUGCCUGUCGACGAGACAUGAUCAACUCCCUGCGUACCAUCAAGUGGCAUAUGAUUUGCGAGUCCGCGAACGACUUUGGUAUCCCCAAGCACCAGACGGAGAGGAACAUUCAGUCCCUGAAGGUCAUUCCCCUCUGGGGCUUGGACUUCUUGACACCCACCCACGGCCUGUUCAGCAACAAGCUCGAUUCUGAGGUUGACAAUGUCACGUCGGCAAGCGAGUUCGACAUCAAGAUGAACUUCAUUCCUAUUCUCACGGCGCUGGUCAAGGGUGCUCGAGCUGUUGAUCUCUCCAAGGCAGAUAUUCACCAGGCAACUCGAGCUCUGGUAAACCUCAACACGUACUUCCAGGAAUCUCGUCACUGGUCGCAAGUCUGGAACAGCGAGAUGGUCAAGCAGAGCUGGCGGGAUCUGUGGCUCACUCAAGAAAUGCCUAACACUAUCCCAUCGUCCCAAUGGUUUGAUACUGAGCUUCCCACCUUGUCAACUCUCGACGUUGCUCUGGAGCUGUGGUACCGCUAUCUCUUCAUCUUCUCUAUCCCUGUGCCAGACAAGAUCCCGAAUGUCUUCCAGGCAUCCCACCACAGUGUCAGUGCCUCUUACGGUGUCGUAUGUAAGAUCAAGCGCAACUGCACCUUGCAAAUCUGGGAUCAUGCCAUCAGUUGGCGCGAGACCAAUCUCUGUCUCUCUUCUGCCCUGUGCAAGCUCUCGCCAUUUGUGCGGAAUGCCCUCCUGGGAUUAAUGCGAAUCACCUCCGUCCUGACUCUCCACCAUGCGGAUAUCAUUCUUCCGUGUGCGGACUUCUUCAACCCAGGCUGGGAAGUUGAAAUCGGCACUUGCCAGGGAACGAUUGAGCACCGCAACACGUUCCGUCGAAAGGUCGACCCUGUCGUCAAUGGUAUCACCGACAUGCAAAAGUUUGCCCCCGUGAAGGAAAUCAAGUCUGAGCGCCCAACUGUGACCAUGCUUUCUCACGUGUGGUAUGCCAAGGACAUCAAGACUGCACUGCUGGCUGCCGACAUCAUCAUCAAUCAAUGGAAGUUCGAUGACUACCAUCUUGACAUCUACGGUGCCAUCGACAAGGCUCCCACAUACUCCACCGAGUGUCAGGAAAUCAUCGCUUCCAAGGGUCUCCGCGGCAGAGUCACAUUGCGAGGAACGGCCGAUCCCAUGAAGGUCCUCGAAAACACCUGGCUCUUCCUGAACUCCUCUCUGUCCGAAGGUCUUCCUCUCGCUUUGGGUGAAGCAGCUCUCACCGGAGCACCCGUCGUCUGUACAGACGUCGGCGCUUCGCUUCGUGUGCUGAGUGACCCAGAUGACUUCUCACGCUUCAGCGCCGUCGUCGCACCCAAUGAUGCCCAAGCCCUCGCAAAGGCCCAAAUUUCCAUGCUAGCCAUGCUCGGAGAAUGGAGCCAAUACAGCGAUGACCAUGAGCCAGCACCGGUUCUCACCUCAUCGCCAACCCCCGAGGAGGUGGACCUCAUCACUUGCCGCAUGUAUGCAAAGAGCGAGCAGCGACGCAAGCUGGGCAUGAUGACUCGCAAGAUCGUCCAAAAGUCCUUCAGCGGUGACCGAUACCUCCGAGAACACGAGCAGAUGCUCUGGAUCGGAAAAUCAGCCAAGCUGAUGGCCAGCCGCGCCGCAGGUGACCCAGUUGAGCCCACGGACAUUGCAGCAGCCGUCGAGCGCACCGCGACAGUGGACGAGGAAAUCAUCACGAUCCCACCAAGCGCAGUCUACUCCUGGCGUUCAUCAGCAGCCUCAAACAUGUCCACCGUCUACAGCUCCGUCUCCAACUUCCCACUGCGAGACCGCCGCGAUCGCGCCGUCUCGAGCAUUUCCGCCCUCAGCCUCAGCAAUCUCUCCACCGACACCGAAUCCUACGCUCGUCUCCCCGUCUUCGCACCCCGCCACUCUAUGCUCUCCACCGGAGGUUCUCCUGGCAGUCGUUCCCCUGGCCUUGUACCCCCGCAAAACUUCCGUGUCUCUCUAGGAGGACAGCGCCGGCCGCAAUCGUAUGCUCGCUCCAUCUCGACCGCUGGUCGGGAACAGGUGCGUGGUCUGCAUCGGGAAGAUCUCAUGCAGUAUCGCAACUCGGAUGUCAGCACGAUCAUGCGAGAGGACUUUUUGCGGUCUGGUCAAGUCUUCAGCCAUUAG